AGUAAAUGUUUCUGAGGUGGAUAUUACAGAUGUGAAUAUAGUUUAUUUUCCACUUUAUCUUGGAAGUUGUUUUAAUGGUAGUACUGUGUAGUCCAGCGUAAACUACAGGUUGUACUCAUAAUGCUCAUUUUGUGCAAAAUUAGUCAGUGACAAAAUUCUAAGGAAAUAAAUUGUGAGGAUGUUUUCUAAGAAUUUCCCUUUAAAGUCUUCUGUAGUCAACUGACUUUAAAAAGCUCCUUAGGUGAAAAAUAGUGAGAAAGAUCUUCAAGAGGCUUAAGUUUCCCAAGCAGAGGAUUGAAAUGGUAGAACAGCAGUAUGUGUAAGAGAUAUUACCCAAAUGCUGAAUGACACCAUUAAUGUAACACACUAACAAAAUCACAUUGUACUAGGAUUGUGUGUGUGGUCAGUGAAAGUGAUCAGAACAAGUAGUUUUUAAAUGACCUUUUUUAGAGUCAUUUUGGAACAGACCCUAUUUAUUUUCCCCAGAGGUUCACACCUUGCAUAGUGGGCUUUCCCAGAGUAAUUAAUGCAGGACAUGGCUGCAUUACUGCACCACCAGAAAGCAAAGAUAUUGAUUUGCAUUUGACAGCAUCACGUUGCUUUCAGUGUAAAUUAAAUUUUAACUACAGCUAUGUUAGGCUUUGGUGAACAAAGAUAUUAAUUACAUACAAUUUGUCACUAGUUUCGCCUUGCACUGAGAUGUUAGUUGACUUUCUCGGGGUAAGACCUCUUGACAGGACUUUUUGGGCUAAGUAAAGCGCAUUCAGGCAGUAUUCUAAGAAACUGUGAAUAAGGCUCCAUGUUUUCAGAGUAACAUGUGAAAUGGCUUCUUGUCACAGUUAAUCAUCAGAACAUGGAGAAAAACAAGUUGGGUAAAAUUUAAAAUGCAGUCAUCACUGCUGUUAAGUGAAAGUACAAAUAGCAUGUGUUUACUUACACUACUCUGGAACCUAGCAUAGAAACUGUUGAAGAGAAGUGAAACAAACACUUGCGAACCUAAAAAUUGCAAUAUAUAAACACUAUAGUUAAACAUUCAAAUGCAGUAGAUGAUAAUGAUUUCUUGUGUAAAGAAAGGUGUCUUGAAUACUCAGACAUGAAUACUAAAAACGCUAUUUAACUGGAAGGGAAACUGACCUUAAAGAACACUCCACUGAUUCAUAGUUUAGAACAGCAUGGCUUGUAAAAGGAUGAAUAUGAUUUAUUAAUUUUUCAUAAACAUCAACUGCAAAGUUUUGUUAAUUCACUGUUUAAUUAAGACAUGAUGCUAUGAGAUUAAUAUGUUGGACGAUAAACACGUUACAGUUGUGUUUUCCAAAAAGCACAACUAUGACCUAAACAUUCUCUGUCAUGACAGUCACAGUUGUGACAAACUGUUUCCCUUAUUCUAUACAGUACAUGACUAAUACCCUGGGAAAAUCCUCUUGUCUCUGCUUCCUCCUCCUGUCUGGAUGUGUCACUGGAAGCCUUACAUGUCCUCAGCAGGUCAACACCUGUCCAGUAAUCAGUAUAGCUUUGAUGACGUACCACACAUGACAUGACGAUACCUGUGUGAUUUAUCUAUAUCAUUAAACUUAUGCCCCAUACAUAAACUCCCAACAUUCAAAUAUGCAGUACUGUGCACAGGCAGUUUCAAACCCAUGGACCAAUUGAUAAUUACAGCCUCAGUUCUUUGUGCAUAUUACAUUAGUUGAGAAAAGCUAAACUAAACUCAAUGUGAAAGAACAAAUUCUCGAUGAAGAUAAAAGGUGAAGUUUAUGUAGGCGUUUUCAUGUGUCUGUGUCCAGUUUGUGUGUUUACAGUUGUGUUAUUCAGAUACUGUUAUGAUACAGUGUUUCAGAUAAAAGGUUGAGGGCAAUCCCCCAGCCCACUGCACGCCUACACCUAACACCUCUAGCUUCAGCUCUGUCCCCUAUUCGAAACUCAGUUUAGGUUUUUUACUAAAUUUGACAUGCAAAACAGUGAUAAGGAAAUGCACUGUCUGCCACCUGGGUCAAUAUACUAAUCAGUUUGCUAUACUGUACCACUCGUUCUGCCUCACCUCCAGAGAUGCCAUGAUGACUAUGAUGAUGAUGAUGAUGAUGAUGAUGAUGAUGUGUGCUGUAAGCAACAAUAUAUAAAGUGCUGCUCGUUGGACAGUGACAGCAUACAACCAUUGGCAGGACCACAGCUGAACUUCUGCUUUUUGAUUUUUUUAGUAGCUUCAGUGCUUUCAGUAACUUCAUCCAAAUGAACACUUUGUGGCUGUGGGUAUUUCAAACUCUCUUCAUAAUCCUGACAGGAGCCAAUGAACUCAACAACUUUCCAGAAAACUUUAUGGUGGUAAGAAUGAACCACACAGCUACAUUGACCUGUGGACAACAGCCCACCGGACCUGUCGUAUGGAAAUUUAAUGAUCAAGUCCUAAGUAAAGACUUAUUUGACAUCAGUGUAGACCCGGUCAGUCAGAAACUGACUGUGAGAAAUGUCGACACUCCAAUGAUGGGCAAAUACACCUGCUGGAUGGGUGAUAAGGAGUUAUUGUCCACACAUCUGCUGCUGGAGCAUGAAGACGGUUGGCUGGCAGUAGAUUUUCUCAACUGUCGGGCAAAGUCGUAUGACUGUACCUUCAGCUGCACCUGGACUCGCAGCGACACAGCGGUGCGCCUGGGACUGGGGCAUGACUGCGCCAAAGGUGAGAAGUCGUGCCAAUGGGUCACCAACAGUGACCGGCACGAUGGAGGAUUUGAGUUUGAGCUUUCCCACUCACUCCUGCCAUACUCUGAGGAGAGCAGCAUGCUGAAAGUCACUGCUGAGGCCAUUGUUAACCUCUCCGUUCUCAGGGGAACUAAGGAAUUUUAUCUCAGAGACAUUGUUCAACCAGACAGCCCCAAGAUUGUCAACUGUCACGAGGUCCAGGAGGAGCUGAACGUGACCAUUGAGCCGCCGUCCACCUGGUCAACUCCUCACAGCUUCUUCCGUCUGGAGCACGAGAUCGAAUAUUUGCUGAGAGAUGAUGGCAAGACUGAACGCUCGUCAUCUGCUGUCAUACCGAAGAGGAUCAGCAAGCUGAGGGUCCGUUCCAGAGACCCGCUGGUGGUCUCACCCUGGAGCCAGUGGACUCCCUGGAAAAAUGUGAGAACAGGAAAGAAGCUCUGCAAAUGCAAAAACAAAGCAAAAUUCUGCUGCCCGGAGCUGCCAGCUGGGUACUUGGAGCAAUGUGAGAAGAGGAAAAUGAAAAAAAAAGAAAGAAAAAUGCAAAGUUGACAAAAGCAUGAAGAGGAACAUGUUAAAGAAAUACAGGGUCAUAUUGGACCUUGUUAUUAAAGGUUCUACAAUAAAACCUAACCCCAAUGUAGUUAACAUUUUUAUAUAUUUGUUGUUAGCAAAAAGUAUUAUUGUGCAUUUUAGUGCAAGGACUAUCUUCAACAUUUGGAAAGUAUGUUAAGAACUAAAAACUGGAUGUCUGACUUAAUACUGUGUUGUUUUUUCUGGAAAAAAAAAAUAUGUAAAAAAUGUUAAAAAUGUUAU